UCGCUGCCUGCUAUCUUCGCCAAAAGGCGGACGACCUUCCAGUGUGGUCUUAUUUGUUGUGCUGUGCAAAAAUUCGCGAGCCGUGCGUAUAUUUCCGUACGCCCAACGUUUUCAUGGACCGUGUAGUUUGGGGGCUUUAUUGUCAGCUGAGUGUAAAAAUAUUUUGUCCAACUGCUCGUGAAAGCCAGUAUUUCGCUUACCCGCCGACGGCAUCUCUUGUUUGUUCGUAAGUGGCCCUCCUGCAAAGGACCAACAGGGAGAACUGCUGGCCUACUGAGUGCUUUCAAACCAUUGUUAAUACGAGUAUCCUCUGCAGCGUGAGCACACAGCGCCCUAGUUAAGUGAUAUAUGUGCGAAUGUGUCCGUGAUACAGUGUAGUGGACGGUGCAAGUGUGUUGUAUAAUAAUCAGUGUAGUAGGGACAUAUUGCUGGUGAAACUAUCACGUUCAGAAUCUUGAAAAGUUGUUAAGUUUUUCUUGCCAUCGCGUAAGGAAAAGAAGAACGAAACCAUCAGUUCACCCGUGUCUGUGUGUGUGCUGAUAUAAGCUGCUGACGACAAGUGCUUGCUCUGGUGGAGAUAGCAAGGCGGAGGAGAGAAGGAAAUAAAUUUUGAGACGCAACGUUAAUAUAAAAAUCUUCCACCAUUUUCUCCAAAGGCGAAAACAUGGCAUUUGCGGGCCUUAAAAAGCAAAUUAAUAAAGCAAAUCAGUAUGUCACUGAAAAGAUGGGAGGUGCUGAAGGCACCAAGCUGGACUUGGAUUUCAUGGAGAUGGAGCGCAAAACGGAUGUCACCGUCGAGCUAGUCGAAGAGUUGCAAGCCAAGACCAAAGAGUACUUGCAACCGAAUCCGACAGCUAGAGCAAAGAUGGCAGCGGUCAAAGGUAUUUCUAAAUUAUCAGGUCAGGCUAAAAGUAAUACUUAUCCACAACCAGAAGGUAUAUUGGCUGACUGUAUGCUGACGUAUGGUAAAAAGCUUGGUGAGGACAGUAUUUUUGCGUCGGCGUUGGUCGAAAUGGGCGACUCGCUCAAGCAGAUGGCUGACGUGAAGUAUUCGCUUGAUGAUAACAUUAAACAAAACUUCCUCGAACCGCUCCAUCAGCUACAGACGAAGGAUUUGAAGGAAGUGAUGCACCACCGUAAAAAACUACAAGGCAGACGUCUUGAUUUCGAUUGUAAGAAAAGGCGACAAGCCAAGGGUUCUCAAAUUACAGACGAUGAAAUCAGGAGCGCUGAGGAGAAAUUUGCCGAAUCGCUACAGCUUGCACAGGUUGGAAUGUAUAAUCUGUUGGAGAAUGAUGUUGAGCAAGUCUCCCAGCUGGUAACAUUUGCCGAGGGGAUGCUCGAUUAUCACUCUCAAUGUUCUGAGAUAUUGAAAGUAUUGGUGGAAACGCUGAACGAAAAGCGCGAGGAAGCUGCAGCAAGACCAAAGUCUGAAUUUGUACCCAAGACGCUUGCCGAUUUGAACAUCGAAAUGCUCGGUUCGCAGGAUGGAAUGAACGGCGGUUCAUCCUCUCAUCUCAGUUCGCCGGUCAAUAAACCGACACAUCUGGAACUGUUGGGAAAUGGUCAAGCACAGGCGCGUUCUACUAAUGCUUCGCCAUUGCCGUCUCCGAUGCGUUCUCCCGCAAGAACACCGAUGCCAACAAAGCCCACACAGCCAUGCUGCACAGCAUUGUAUGACUUUGAGCCAGAGAACCCGGGGGAAUUGGGUUUCAAGGAAAACGAUGUCAUUACUCUAAUCCAGCGCGUGGAUGAAAACUGGUUCGAGGGUAGCUUGAAUGGACGAAACGGCUAUUUCCCCCAGUCGUAUGUACAGGUGACCGUGCCACUGCCCAGUAAUUAAGCCAGCAUCCAGCAAGGACCUACAAAUGAUGUUACUACUCAAAACGAACGUAGAACGUAAACGUAUGAAAAACAACAACAACAGCAAAAACAAAACGCAAACAACUUAUUAAAAAAGAUGCAAAGCAGAGCAGUCAAACGUAAAAGAGGCCCGAUGUGCGUAGAGCGACAGAGGAAUCAACUCAAGCAGAGUUGAAUUGGUCAAGAACUGAAGAAGAAAGCCUAUGCUGUGCUUAACAACCAACGCAUGGGCUGAGAUGGAGACAGACAUCUGAAUAGCUAGCGCCAAAUCGUUAACCCAAAACUAAAACAAACAAACAAAAAACAUUCAUAAUCUAUUAACUCCUCUCCUCCGACACUUGAAGUCUCCCUAACCUAUGAUUACUAGUUUAAAUUCGGAUAAAAUGAAGCAGUGAAACCGAAGAAGACGAAGAAAAAAAAAUACGUUCCUCAAAGACUCUUCUAAAUUAAAAUUGAGAUUACCAAAUCAUAAUGACACGUUACGGAUCGAAUUAAAUCGAAGCCCACGUCAUUAACGGUAUGUUGCUAGCCAGCGAACAUUUUACUAUCUUACAAAUACUAAAGAACACGUUGCACACCCUCCUUUCUGGAGGAACUUUUAAUCGAGCAAAUGUUCUGUUUUAGCAAACGAUAACUUUUAAAAGCAAACUCGCGGAGGCAUCAUCACGAUUUAUCUUAGUUUAAUUUGUACUAUUGCAAUUAUUUUACCCAUCUUAUAUUGUUGCUCCACGUAGUGAUUUUAUAGCAGAUUCAAGAUUCAAUUACUAUAUCUGAUCACUUUCUGUGUAAAAGAGCAUCGAUCGAAUAAAGAUAGGUUUUGAUUUGGGAAUGAGAAAUCGUGUAGGGAAAUGUAUGCUUGUUUAAAGAUCAAUUCCUCCAUUUGUUACAGUACAAUUCAGUACACAAGUGUUGUUAUGCAUGAAGAUUGAUAGAAUGUUGCUGUAUGUGGUGUAGUUGAAUCACUCGAGUUUGCCAUAGAAAUAGAAUGCGAAUGAAAUGUUAUGAGAUUAUUUAGACAAGGUUAGGUUUGCUAGAAGCAGAUGCUUCUCGUUUGUGAUGCUGUUACCUUAACGUUUUACUUUAAAUUGCGCAUUUCGUUCAAAUGCAUCUGUGUAUUGAUAGCAUCACCACCACCAUCACCUGUUGAACCUAUUGUUGAGAAUGUGGGUUUGAGUUUUCCUGCAAUGCGUCUACAGGUUUGUUGUACAGCCUACGAUUAUGAGCGCUCUCUUACUAGCAUGUCUUACUAGCAGAAAGGUAGACAAAUCAUAUGUUUAGUAUCUGCGAAGGACUUUUUCGAGACAUAGCAUAAGUUUUAUGAGUUAGUUAGCAAACUUAUUGAUGCAAUCAUUACAUACACGUUCGGUUGGCAUGGAAACAUCACUAAUGACCAUGCAGUAGCCCCACUAUGCGCUCUUCAUGGUUUAUGUUGCCAGUUGGAUAGAAUUGCUCAUAACAAUUAUAUAUGUAUACAUGUACAUUAUGCCCAAGUUCUUCGUUUUGAUAGGAUUUUUUUUAAAUAAUACCCACAUCAGUUAGUGGCGUUUGGCCGCAAACAUUAUUGUUUAAUUCUGUAAGAAUAAUCACCGAUAAAAAGUAUGUAAUCAACGCGUACCGUUGCUCAAUAGUACAGAACUACAACAGAAAGUAUGAUGUUUAGUUUACAGAAAUUCUUUGCCUAGUUUUUCUUUUUCCAUUACAUACACACAUAAGGUUUAUCUUAUGCGCUGGUUAGAAAAGAAAUCGAGUUCUAAAAUCAUGUAUUACUACUACUUUGCGCUUGGCACAAGAAACGCAUUACGCAUUGCCUGUUGCUGAUGGGAAACUUGAUUCCUCGUUGAUGCCAAUAUUUUACUUUACUGUUGUAUGGAUCGGAAGUUCGUAUAUACGUAUACGUGAUAUAUAUAUUUGUCGGGUUAGAGUAUUAUUUGUACAGAUACACAAUUGUAUGUUAUGUUUAGCGAUCCUAUUUUAAGUUUACAACCUCAAAGUCAUUAGUUAUGAUAAAAUGAAAAUGUUUAAACCAUCCAAAAACA